AUGGCAGACUACGAAAGUGAUUCCUCCGAGCAGGAGUUCACCGAGACCAACGUCCUGCUAGGUUACGCCAGCAAGGAUGCUGAUGAGGACACCAUCAGUCGUCUCGGCGGUCAACCAGACUGGUUGAACCCCGGACAACCUGCUUCAGCAGCACUCGCGCGCUGCAAAGUGUGCAACGAUAUCAUGGUCCAGCUUCUGCAGCUCAACGGCGAGCUCCCCGAAAAAUUCCCCGGCCACGAGCGCCGCUUGUACGUCUUCGCUUGUCGCAAGGCGAGUUGCCGGCGCAAACAAGGCAGCAUCCGAGCUGUCAGAGGUGUCAAGGUGUCCAAGGAGGCACAAGCAGCGGCAGCAAAGAAGGCGGAAACGAAGCCUCAAAGACAGGUGGAGGAAGAACCCAAGAAGGACGUCAGCUCGGGAUUGGGCAGCGCGCUCUUUGGCGGCAGUUCCGCUGCGGCAAACCCAUUCGGGGGCAACGCGAACCCCUUUAGCACGGGGGCCUCCUCGAGCAGCCCCUUUGGCACCGCGGCCCCGUCGAACCCGUUUUCGAAGCCCGCCGAAACCGAGCCAGCAAAAAGGGAGGCGGAAGACGCAGCUUCGUCCCUCCCCAAAACCUUCGCCGAGACCCUGAACCUCAAUAACCCGCAAACGCCCGCCGGACCGCCACCGCCGCCGGAGCUCUGGCCCGCGGCCGACGCCCUGCCCAAGCCGUACCCUAUUUCCUACCUCGCGGACGCGGAGUUUGAGACGCUCGACCCGGAACCCAUACCCGUGCCGCAGAACGCGCGCAUGGAGGUGGAUAACGAGGGGGGCAGCGGCGCCGCUGGCGACAUGAAGGACGUCUUUGAGUCGUCCAUGGACGCGGUGUUCCAGAAGUUUGCGGACCGCAUGGAGCAGAACCCGGAGCAGGCUAUCCGGUACGAGUUCAACGGCACGCCGCUGCUGUAUUCCAAGGCCGACGCUGUCGGCGCGAAGCUGGGCGGCGGCGGCGGUAUGACACGGUGCGGCAACUGCGGCGCCAAGCGCGUCUUCGAGGUGCAGAUGACGCCGCAUGCCAUUACGGAGCUCGAGGCGGAGGAGCUGUCGCUCGAGGGCAUGGACUGGGGCACCAUCAUCGUCGGCGUUUGCGAGGCGGAUUGUCAGCAGCGGGGCGUUGAGGUUGGUGAGGCCGGGUAUCUCGAGGAGUGGUGUGGUGUUCAGUGGGAGGAGCUCUCGAAGCGAUGA